UCUUUUGCUUCUUUUCAAUCCCAACCAACUACCAGCACCAUGACUGUCACUGACCAGAUCAAAGAGGCUAUCACCAAGCUCUGCCCCCCCAACUCUCGCAAGGGUGUCAGCCGUGCUGCCAUCAAGCAGUACCUAGGCGAUGGCGUCCCUGCUUACCGCAUCAACCAGAGCCUGAAGCACCUUGUCGAGACCGAGCGCGUGGUGCAGACCCGUGACUCCUUCCGCAUCCCCGCCAAGGUCAAGGCUGAGGAGAAGGCCGCUGCCAAGAAGAAGGAGACUGCUGCCAAGAAGGCCGCUACCAAGAAGACCACCACUGCUAAGAAGACCACCAAGAAGGCGGCCACCACCAAGAAGCCCACCACCACCAAGAAGGCCACGACCACCAAGAAGGCCACGACCACCAAGAAGGCCUCCACCAAGAAACCCACGACCACCAAGAAGACCGCCAGCACCAAGAAGACCACCACCAAGAAGCCCUCCGCGAAGAAGACCAAGGCCGCGGCGAGCGCUUAAGCGUCUUGUCCACGCUUCUUCAUUUUGUUGUGUCUUCAUUUCUUUUUGACUACUUGUUGAGUUCCAGUGUUGGAUAGCUCGCGCCCUCGAGUCGAACCACCUGUCUGCGUGUUUGUGUUUGUAGUGGAACCCUCUUUUUGUAUUUUUCUUUUUUUGUGAACUCGGGCAGGCCGGGAAUGUCGCACGCAGCCAUUGCCCGUGUCGUUCUCUGUAUUACUCUUCUGUUGUUUUGCGUGCGUGCUAGUGUGGAUGAAACUUUUUGAGCAGUGCUUUUGAGGCUCCUGUUGAGCGCGCCUAUGUGAC